AUGAAUGUGGGACGAGCCCACCAGCACAGCUUCCUGACGUGUGAAGAAGAAGGCCUGAGACUGACCAGCAUGCCCGCUGUGGGGAGCUUCGGCAAUGGCAAGAUCCACACCAGACGGCAAAGACACAGCCGCUUCGUCAGCAAGACGGGCCAGUGCAACAUUCACUUCUUAAACAUGGAUGACAAGUCAAGUCGUUACCUAUCGGACAUGUUCACCACUUGUGUGGACAUACGCUGGCGCUACAUGUUCCUGGUCUUCAGCCUGGUGUUUGUGGUGUCCUGGCUGAUGUUCGGCCUGGCCUUCUGGGUCAUCGGCCUCCUGCACGGCGACAUGGAGCACCCCGCCGAGGAUGACGGUUUCGUACCUUGCGUCACGCAGGUCAACACCUUCGUGGCCGCUUUCCUGUUCUCCAUCGAGACCCAAACCACCAUCGGGUACGGAGCUCGGUGCGUGACAGAGGAAUGCCCCGCCGCCGUCUUCAUGGUGGUCUUUCAGUCGAUUGUAGGCUGCGUCAUCGAUGCCUUUAUGAUCGGCGCCAUCAUGGCAAAGAUGGCGCGGCCGAAAAAGCGAGCGGAGACGCUCCUGUUCAGCCGCAACGCAGUCAUCGCCAUGCGUGACGGAAAGUUGUGCCUCAUGUUCAGGGUGGCCAAUCUGAGAAAAAGCCACAUCGUGGAGGCUCACGUGCGAGCCCAGAUGGUCAAGCCUCGUUACACAGACGAGGGCGAGUACAUCCCUCUGGAUCAGAUCGACAUGAACGUAGGCUACGACAGAGGCACCGAUCGCCUCUUUCUGGUCGCGCCAAUCACCGUCAUCCAUGAGAUUGAUGAAGACAGUCCUCUGUUUGGCAUCAGCAAACAAGAUCUGGAGGUCUCCGACUUUGAGAUUGUGAUCAUACUGGAAGGUCUGGUGGAAGCCACCGCCAUGACCACGCAAGCGCGCAGUUCCUACCUGUCCUCGGAGAUCCUCUGGGGUCACCGUUUCGAGCCCCUCAUCUUCGAAGAGAAAAGCCAGUACAGGAUAGACUACGCCUACUUUCACAAGACCUUCGAGGUACCGUCAACCCCAAGGUGCAGCGCCAGGGACAUGGAGGACAGGAAGUUCCCGACUUCGGGGGCUAACUCCUUCUGCUACGAGAACGAGCUGGCAUUCAUCAGCAGAGACGAGGACGAGGAAGCAGACUUUGACAAAGAAGAAGACAGACAGUGUUCUACGGCCCUGCUGAGUGAGCGCAGCACCCCUGAACGGGAUCAAAAAUCAUCCAGUCAAGAAUCGGAGAUUUGA